AUGGCAACGGCAUUAAUCAAUGAUAUUUUGUCAGAUUCUACCUCCAGUGAUGACGAUUCCUGGAUACAAGACGAUGAUGACAACGGGGAAACAGUGGAAGAAAGCUGUGCAAUAUGCUUAUCUCACUUUACUGAUCAAAUUAUUGCCAUACCAAAUUCCUGUCAGCAUAUCUUCUGCUUGCCUUGUAUCAAUGAAUGGUCAAAGCUGGCUAACACUUGCCCUAUUGAUCGUGUCACCUUUCAAACACUACGCGUUUUUCGUUUCAUUCAUGGAGAUAAAGUAGAUGAAAUAGUCAUUGAAAAAAUGAAUGAAGAUACGGACGAAAGUGAUCUCGACCUAACCUACUGUGAAGUAUGUAACGAAUGCAAUCGCGAGGAUCGCUUGUUAUUGUGUGACGGAUGUAAUAAAGGAUACCAUUGUGAAUGUCUAACUCCCCCAUUGGAACAUAUUCCUAUCGACGAUUGGUUUUGUCCUGAUUGCUCAAUUACUGAAAAUAUAGGUUCUUUAAUCGAUGCUAAUCGAGUAGAGGUAACGAAUGCGCCAAGUAUUAUUUCAGAUAGUAGGAAUCAGUCUAAUACCAACAAUGAUGAGAACGAGUUGGAAGUAACACAAUCAUACUCAGAUACCUAUACUGGACGCAGGAGAAGGGAGAAAACGUAUCGGAAACGACGUAAAACUAGUGCUAAAACUAGUUCUAAGAGAUCAAGACCUAGAAGCAAAAAGGGUAGAAAGAGAAGGCGCACGCGAUCAAAAGUAUCUAUAAGUAGAAGACAAAAUAACCGACGUCAAUCAGCUCGAACAGUUGCAAGCAGACACUUGCAAUUCCUACUAGACAGAGUUCGAAGUAAUCUAGAGGCUAAGAACCUUCUUCCGAGCAAAUCAACGCCAAAGUCGAUUAUGACCAGUAAUAUGCACAGUAAAAGUUUUGUCGCUGGACCGUCUGUUUUAGGCAUAACGAGUGACAAUGGUCUUUUACCGUUUUACCCGAACGAAGAUGAAGAUAUAAAUCAUCAAGGAAAUAAUGAUACCCGUGGUCACGGAAAAGGCUCUACGAAAUAUAUGGAAAUGGUUGUAACUUAUCAUUCCAGUCAACAUCAAGAGGCUUUUAAUAGAAAUGAUAAUAAUUAUAAUCAAAUCAAAACUGUAUCACCGAUAGUCGAUUAUGUAUCUAAAAUAACCCAAGAAAUUGAGAAUUUAAGAAAUAUUAAAAAUGCUUCUGUCCUACCUGAUGGAAGUAUUGUCAUGCAAAAGUCUAAUGCUACCCCUAACAAUCAAGUUACUGCGAGGAAGUCAUCCAAUGAAGUUGUAUCAAGUACUUCUGCGAUCGACUGUAGUACAUAUUCACCAAAUUCCUCGCAAUCGGAAGAUCAGAUGGAUAAUCGUAAGCAAUCAACAUCUAGUAUUUCUCUAUCCAGUGCAGUGGAAGCUAAUUCUAAGCCAAAAUUUAGAGAGUCGAUGCGAUCUGAGCUAUUUAAUAAAGUUAAAGAAACCGUAAGAUCGUAUGCUAAGCAGUACUUUCGUCAUGGAGAUAUUGAUAAAAACGAAUACAAAGUCAUCGUUAAAAAAACUAUCGAUAAGGCCCUUAUUAGUGUCUAA